GCGUUUUGCCACCGCCAACAGCCGCUAACUUUGAAAAACAUUAGGUUUCAAAACGGCGCUUUUCACAAGUUCAGUUUCGCAGUUUUAACCAAAUUAUUUGCAACCACAGGAGUUAGAAAAUGGAACCAAUGGCACUAGGAUCCCCUGGCAAUGUGAGCCCAGCUUUUGUACCAGGAUUUCUGAUGGGAGAUCCCACAUCAGCAACAAACAAGAACCCAUCCUCUCUUGAAAAAUCAAACACUCCAACUUCAACGCAGACAACACGCAGAGUGUCUUUUGCUCCUGACGUGUACUCGCACAGUGGCCAACUCAACUCGCCCUACUCAGGGUCCCCGCUCAAUCCACUUAGAGCACGUUUGGCUGGAAAUGCACAGGCCGGUGCUGCUUCGCCUCAAAAACGAGGGCCUCCAAUAAUGAGCUUGAGCGACGUUACAAACACUUCAUUCCAAAAUCAGAGCAUCCUGAGCCAGCAAAACGCAAGCUUUUCUUCCAAUCAGAGCCUGGCCUUCAACCAAAGCCAGUUGAGCAACACCAGUUUUGGACAAAGUCUGAACAACACCUCUAUUAGAACUGCAGAGAAUAUGGUGUCGCCCUCAUUCAGUGAUUGGGAUACAAAUGACGAAAACAAGGAAGGCGAGCACUGGGUCACUGUUUUUGGAUUCCCCUUUACAAUGGUACCUGCUGUACUGACGUGGAUCUCCAGCUGCGGAAACAUUGUUGUGCGGCACGUGCCAACUUCUCCCAAGGCCAAUUGGCUUCACCUGAGAUUUGCCAACCCUGCAGAGGCCAGGCGAGCGCUCGGUCGACACGGCGGUCUCCUUGGGCUUGACACUAUGAUUGCUGUGGUUCCUUGUACAGAUAGGGCUAUUGUGCAAGGGUGGAGGAACAAGAUGAUGUCGUCUCCUGGGCCAAACAACAGCUUUUCAGAAGCUGGCGGCACUUUCAUUUACUCCUCCUCGGCAGCUAACACGUCCUGCCUCAACUCGCCAGUCUAUGGCAGCCCGUUGAACUCCAGUAUUAGAUCACUUGCUGCCAGCCCAGAUAUUUCUGUGGAGUCGUCAGUUCUUCCGAGAAAAUCUACUGGCGUGGUUUCCAAAGCUAUGGAUUAUGUUUUUGGAUGGUAAUUAUUUCAAAUGAACAAAUCAUCUUACUAGAAUUUUUUGCUUCGACAUAAAGUUUCUUCAGAAGAACAUCAAGCUGCUAACAUUAUUAUUUGAUAAAUAAAUAUUAUCUCAUCCAUUCAAGUUUGAGAGAAACAGAA